UGCAGAUGUACUCAACUGGCCGCGUGCGCUUGCUCCCGCCGCCCAACGACCUGUCGUUCUCCCUCUCUCUUCUCGUCGGGAGCGAGAGAGACAUGUGCGCGAAAGCUCUGAAUGAGAAAGGUUGCCGCGGCGACAUCGCGCGGCGGUGCACCGAAGCUCUAUGCAAUGGCUGCGUCGGUUAGGGGAAUCCCCGAUAUGCUUGCAGUUUGGUUUUGGAAGGCGCGUCGGUAAGGCAGUUAUUCAUUGGUGGCGGUAUCGAUGUGGAUCAAACUAAUUGAAAACUGAAUCAGUAAUAUAACUCUUUCUUGAAAAUCGCUCAAAUAUAUUAUAAACUAUGUACAGACUCAGGGUCAUCUAUGACUACUGUAUUCACACGACCUCUGCGAUCAAAUUGUUCAGUCUGCAAUUAAAGGAUCAUUAAAAUAAUCCUUAUAGUAAGUCUGUACACACGUGGCAAGACAUGUCUACUAUAUUUGCUAAUCAAUUUAUGCGGAUCUUUUUAAAAUAGAAAAUUAGUUAAAAACUUGAAAAAAAUCCCCGAUUUUUCUCAUGGUAUCCUAUCUGAUGUUUACCGAUUAGAGACGGGCGAUCGAAUUAAAAUAUUUGCCCCGGCCGAUGUACAAUUAAUUUGAAUAACGUGUAAUAUAUUUUUAGGAUAUGAUAACGCGUUUUCUUUGUUAGAACAGAACUACAUGUGUAAUAUUAGGUCUGCUCAUUGCGAUAACCCAUGAGGCCUGAAUCAAACAUUCAUUAAUGAACGUAAUUACCUUAUGAAAUUAUACGUCGACGGAAGGUAAGAUGAGUUUUCGCACUGAAAACCUUUUAGUAUCAGAAGUACAUUUAGCAAUAGACAAUGUCGCGAAAUUUAUAUCACGAUGCUAAAAUCAAAUGUAAAAUGAACGUUAUAACGUACUUGCUGAAAUGUUUGAACUUUUUAAGAUUCAUGGGAAAGAUUUACGCGGUCUGGCCUUUGAAGACCGAUGACAACAUUCGUUGGAGAUUUGUUUACGAGUGCUUGUGGUGGUUUUACUUUUUGAAUUACUUGGUCGCGGCGAGUUUUACACUGAAUACCUGUGGCCAUGCGAGCGACGAUAUUACCAUCGCUUCCUUUUCGUGGCUGGAAUUCGUAUCGAUGGUGGAAUCCAUCAUCAUUUUGAUAAACUAUAAAUGCUAUCACGUGACGUUACAGUUAUUACUAACCGAAGUAGAAGACUACCUAACACUCGCUGAUGAGAAGAAGCAAUGGGUUCUCAAAGAGAAAGCCAGUAUAUUCGCAGUGAUGAUGUGUAUCAUCACUUUUUUGUACUUCGUACUGGUGGUGCUGUACUUUACAAACCCUGCGAUAACUGCGUGGGAGACUUUUUUGACGACGUCUUAUUAUCCACCGGCAAUCAGAUCACCUGUGAUGGACGUUUUUUUAUUUUCUAAUCAACUCAUCGUCAUGUGUCACACCAGCGUCAUCGUCAAUCUCGACGCGAUGGUUGUUCUACUGAUAUACAUAUGCUCGGUUCGCUUAAAAGUUUUGGCAGCCGAUUUAGAGAGCGUCAACGACGAUGAAGAACUGAAGCAACGGAUUCGUGAGCAUCAACAUAUUUUAUGUUUGGCGAAAAAGACCAACAUCGCCGUUAGACUAGUCGUAUCGAAGACAGUAAUUUGCUUCAUCAGCUACACUGUUGGAGCUGGACUGCAACUCGUCAACCCUACAGCGACAGUUGCGUCUCUCCAAAGAUUUGGCAUUGUUCUUUUGAUAAACUACGUGAGGCUCAUUAUGAACGCCACAAGUGCUGAUGAACUAUUGACAGUUAGCAGAAACGUCGGAUUGUCUAUUUAUUCUACAGACUGGUAUGGAGAAUCUAAAAUUGUAACAUCAUCGAAAUUCAUAGUGAUGUUGAGGUGCCAAAAACUUGUGAGGAUACACGUUGAUGGGGUCAUGCCGGCACUCACGUUGACAUUUAUUACGGGCGUAAGUUUGACCAUGAAUUUUUUAAUAAGAUUUACGUUCGUAUUGUUUUUAAUCUUUUGCGUGAUGAGUAAUGCAGAUAAUAUCCACGUCGAUAUCUUAUUAUACCACACUCAGAGCUGUCACAAGACAAAAUUGAACGUGGCUGCUAAUCGCAAUUUGUUGUGGUAGAUAACUUUACAUAUUGCAUAAAAUGAGGGCUACAAUAACGAUUGUGCAUAAUAUGCACUUUACACAAGAUGGGUUACACUGGUUUGAGACUCGUACAUAUCUAGGUACCCAAUAAUAAGAUAAACGUAUA